UAAAGCUUUAAAUAACACCAUUAGCACUCGUAGAUUUGCGCUUACCCCUCGUGGGGGAAUAAUUUUUGUAACAAAAUUACAUAAAUUGAUAGAAGUGUAAUCUCGACUGGUUUCUUAAAUUACAUUAAUAAAAAUAUUAAAUUUAAAAUUGCUUUAAAUAUUGAUAAUGGGUAAUACAAUCACAAGCGUCCGUAUGGAGGCAGCACCACAAAUGCCUAAAGAUCACAUUCACAUGGCUGCCACGGGCGCUGCACCACCCCCAGAGUGUCCAAUGCACCAGAAAGGCGUUGCUGUUCCAACGAAUACACCACAAAAAGAAAAAAUUACAACUACUGCCACUGCACCAUCAUCCGAGUGUCCGGUUCAACAUGGUCAAAGUGAUAUUAACCCACUCAAUAUGAUGCCACCUGCCAAUCAACAACCAGCACCGGAUCAACCCUUUUCUCUGUCCACAGACCGUCAAACAUCGAGCAUACCAAAAGUGACAGAAGACGGUAGUCAGCAAUUCUGGCAAUAUCCAAGCCAGCAAAUGUUUUGGAAUGCAAUGCUAAGGAAAGGUUGGCGUUGGAAGAAUGACGAUAUUUCACAGAAAGAUAUGGGCGAUAUUAUUUUCAUUCAUAAUGCCAAUAAUGAACAAGCCUGGAAAGAAGUACUUAAGUGGGAAGCAUUACAUGCUAGAGAGUGUGGAAAUCCACGACUAAAGAGUUUUGGUGGUAAAGCUGCCGAUUAUAGUCCACGUGCACGCAUACGCAGCUGGCUAGGCUAUGAAUUGCCGUUCGAUCGUCAUGAUUGGAUUGUUGAUCGUUGUGGUAAAGAUAUUCGUUACGUUAUUGAUUACUACGAUGGCGGCGUGGUGGACAAGGAUUAUAAAUUUGCAAUACUUGACGUUCGUCCUGCAAUGGACUCGGUCGGAAAUGUUUGGGAUCGUAUGAGAGUCGCUUAUAUGCGUUGGAAGUUUGCAGCAUUGGACUCCCUUGCAGGCAAUCGUACAGAAACUGACAGCGGCAAAGUUGACCAAUAAACUGAAUUGACAUGUUCUCAUAGCUCGUUUUUGAAUGCAGGCGAUAGUUUAAUUUAUUUCAAAACUACUGGACUACACUUACUAAUUAUGUAUAUAUUUAACUGAUAGGAUAUUC